AAUUCUCUUCAUGAUUCAGGAAUUACAUCAAUAAAUCAUCCCUUUAAAUCGUCAUCAUCGGACGGACGUCAGAGUGACACCUUCCUUUUUUUUGUUUUUGGCAAUUGUUCGUAGAACUGUGAUUGCUCUCGUCACUUGCUGCUGAUCAAUCAAUUUUGCAGUGAUAAAAAAGAAACACACGAAUCCAGUGGCAUCAUCACACAAUAUAUAUACUGCUGAAGAAAUCGUCGACGCUAUAUACUGUAACAAUGGUGGAAAAGAAAGCCGACGCGGCGGCGAUGGUCCAGCCGCCACUGGGGUUCGCGGCCGACGCCCACGUGUCGUCCUUUGCCCAAUACCUGGACGUUCACGCGGCGUCCGUCCGCGGCGCCGGCGGCGCAGACUUUUGGCGCCCCGAAGCCGAGAGGAUCGGGAUUGAGUCCCUGCCCGGGCCAGGCGCCGCAUUUGCAGAGUGGAACUUCAACUGCGACCAGGGCCCAGUGUUUGCUCGCUGGAUGCCUGGGGCCAGGGCCAAUGCUGCUGUGUCCUGUCUCGACAGACACGUGCAGAGGGGAAUGGGCAACAAGGUCGCCUAUUUUUGUUGUCGCGUCCCGAAGCGACGCAGCUCCAGCAUCCGGUUGCAACCGGACCCAGAAAACUUGUUACAUUUCCGAGGCCAGGAGGGCAAUGAGCCUGAGGACAGCAGUCAGCUGACUUAUGGUGAGCUGCUGGAACAGGUGUGCAAGUGCUCCAAUGUGCUGCUGCGACACGGGGUGCGCAAGGGAGACUGUGUCGCCAUCUACAUGCCAAUGGUGCCGGAGAUUGUCGUUGCCAUGUUGGCCUGUGCCCGCAUCGGCGCGCUUCACACUGUCGUUGUCAGUUUGUUUUCCUAUUCCUCCAAUUUACAUUGA